UCCAUCCACAAACGAAGACGAAAACAUUUCUUACCUCACUUUAUUUUUUAUUUUAUUUUUAUUUUCUUCUUCUUCUUCUUCUUCUUCUGUUCUAAUGGAGAACCCAGAUUUACCGGGAGAUGACUUAGCAUUGGAAUUCGAUUUCCAGAGCCUGUUCGACGAAUUAUCGCCUGAUGCUGCGGGCCUUCUCGACGCCAGCGAUGUCGAUGCUUCGUCUCCGGGAUCGCUGUCUUCGUGGAUCGGCGAGAUCGAGGGCAUGCUGAUGAAGGACGACGAGGAAGCCGUCGCCGUCGAGCCGAGUCAGGAGGUCUUCGAUCGCUUCUUCGCCGGCUUGCUCGUUGAUUCCCCCGAGGGCGGACCGGCCGAGGCGACCGACGGCGCGAGCGACAAGGAGUCCAAUUCAUCCGACGGCGGCGGCGGCGGCGGCGGCGAACGGGAUGAGAAGCUGGUCGUCGGAGAUAACGAGCUUUCCGAGGACGCUGAUGAUGAUGAUCCCGUCUCUAAGAAACAGAGAAGGCAGCUCAGGAAUAAAGAUGCGGCGGCUAGGUCGAGGGAGAGGAAGAGAAGUUACGUGAAAGAGCUGGAGAUGAAGAGCAAAUAUAUGGAAGGGGAAUGCCGCAGGCUGGGGCGGUUGCUCCAGUGCUUUGUGGCUGAGAAUCAAGCUCUGCGUCUGAAUUUGGAGAAUGGCGGUGCGUAUGGUGCUACCAUGGCCAAGCAGGAGUCUGCUGUGCUCUUGUUGGAAUCCCUGCUGUUGGGUUCCCUGCUUUGGUUCCUGGGCAUCAUGUGCCUGUUUACCCGGCCCGUGUCUCUCCAACCGUGUCCGGUGGCUCCGCCACUGGAAAAUGUCGGAGAGAAAGAUCUGAGAAGCUGGGCUCCAAGAGGAAUAAGAGGUCACGCGUUUGAAGUAUCGGCAGCACAUUCUUUCGUCAUGACCAGGAGAUGCAGAGCUUCAAGGACAAAGAUGAAACCAUGUUAUCUCGUUCCUCGAGCUUUGGCAUGAGGUGAUCUUUCGUUCGUGGGAUGUGUCACUUUUGAUGAUCGUCAUCUAGAAAACCUAAAAGAAGCCGUCCGGGCUCUUGUUAAUUUUAGUUUUCCUGUUGGGUUUUUGUAAAUGGAGUGACUUGAGAUUGCUAUAUCGAUGGUUACUGUUAGUAUAAACAUAUCCUGCCUCAUCUUGGUUCGUCCGAGCUACCGUCAUCGUGCUAUUUAAAACUCUUAUGCA